CGUCGGUAGCAAUGCAAAAUGGCUGCGUAAAUAUGUACACAGCCUAGAAAUGACAUCAAAUUUUAAUUACUGAUUGCUUAUAAUCAAUACAUGAACAAAUGUUGUUUCUUGGAUGUUUGGGGAGCAUUAAAAAUGCAUGAGGGAUGAACUGAUCCACCAUGUCAACUAAUGCCAAUCAGACAGAUUUAAAAAAAGGAAAUGAGGAGGAGUUCCCAGUUGCCGCUAUAGUGUGUCUUGCUGUUGGUGGUUAUGUUAUGCUAGUUAUAAUCAUAAUAGUCAUCCGACAUUUUUUACGGAAAAAAGGAGCAUGCCAGUCUACCUGUUGUGAGAUAUCUGAUGAGCCUUGCUGUGUCGCGUGCUCCAAAGUCAACGAGGCUUGCCCUUGUUGUUGUAGUUCUAAUGUCGAUGGAUGUCUGUCUAAAGUCUGUGGCCAAAGAAAGAAAAUUAGUUGUGUUGAUAUUUUAUUGUGCAAUUGUUGUGGCUGUACAGAGGGAUGCUGUGAAGCAUGCGAAUGCAAAAGUUGUCUUCCUUCAACCCAUGGGUGUUGUGGUGGGGAAACUUCCUGCUGCGUUCAGCGCCCAGGAUGUGCUGACUGCUGGGAAGAUGAGCUUGAAAAUAACACUUGCAAGUGCUUAUGCCUGGCCAUCAAAGUCCGCAGCCCCCGAAGGGGAAGCAGUAUAAGAAAAAGUCAGACUGCGGCUUCAAAUGAAUUUCAGAAUGAUAGCAACAGCAUAAGCAGUUCCAUAGACAGUGUUAAGAAAGUUGAAUAUGAAGGAAAAGAAAUAAAUCAGAAAAGUUUCAAUGUGCAUAGUGGUUCUGGUGAGGGUAUGAAGAAAGGAAGUGGUGAUAAAAUCAGGAAAAGAUCCACCUCUCAUAGCCCCAAGUUGUACAGCUCUCACAGUAAAUUAGUGCCGUUGGACACAUCAAACAAUUCAACAGCAGACCUCCAACAUCCGCACAUUAAAAGAUCUAGAUCUUCAAGUAAAGAAAUCACACAUGUCAGUUUUGACGAAAGCUUAGACGAAGGAACUUAUAAAUCUAUCAAAGAACAUAAAUUCGCAUUGCUGUCUGGUAGUUUUUCAGGGGACUCAACUACCAGUCUUUUUUCCAAGGUUCCCUUGUCAAGCAGUACUGAAAUAAAUAGUCGUGCAAAAACAGGUAGCAAAUUGAGGAGGUCACUUAGAGCAGGUCAAAGGUCGCAGAGGUUCCCAAACAAGAUUUUGAUUAGCUCCGAGUCCUUGAGUUCUAGCAUAGAUGUGAGGGCUUCUGUUAUUUCUGCCACUUCUCUAGAUAAACAGUCAGAUAUUUCACAUCUCAGUUCUCAAUCAUUCUCAAAUCCUUUGAAUCGCAGGCCAUUGCCGCCACUGAACAUUAAAUAAACAUAGAUAUAAAUUAUUUCUUGUGUAUAACAUUUUACAUUGUUUUUUUUUUUAUCAAAAGCAGCUAAGCAAAUAUUUUUAUUCUAUUUUUUAUUAUACUUUAAAUUUGAAAAUAUUUUUUGGCACAAGUUUCACCAACAUUUUACUUCAUGUCUUGUUAUUUUUUAGAAAUGUUAAAUGAGAGACAGAGAGUUUGCUCCAUUGUAAAAAAAAUUUUAAGUAAAAUGUUACUUUUGUCUCUUACAACACACAGUGGGUUUUUUUUUUAAUUUAACAAGAUACCAACUAUUACCUCCCUUGAGUGGGAGUUUUGUUUGCUUUGACUAAGAAAUAUUAAGAACAUUUCACUAAAAAAGCAGUUGAUUUACAUCUUUUCUUCAAUAAAUUGUAGACCUACAGAAUUAAUUAAACUCGGUUGUUUUUUUUAAUCUUCAAAAUGACACUUAUAUUCUUUUAAAAGAAUGUUAUAAAACAUAAAUCCUUUAAAAUUAACUAGUUUUAUCUUAAUAACCAAUUCAUGGAAAUUUUUCUUAGUCAAGAAUAGACAUAUAAGGAAAUAUCAAGUCAGCCAAAAUGAUAACACUUGUAGGCCUAUUCUCUUCCUAACUUUUUCUCUCUGACUCCACUAAGGCCUGCCUUGCUCUAUGACUUGCAAUAAUGUGUUGACUUCUUCAUUUCAUUUGUUUUUCCGGUAUAACUAUUUCCGAUGAAUAUUUUCAAACAAUAUAACUACUGCCAUUUUAAAUGCUUGCCUUACUUUUUUAAAAUGUUAAUUAAUACACCAAUCAAAAUUGGAGUAAAACUCAAAAGCUAAGAUUGUCUCUAUAUCUUUUUGAAUUGACAAAUGUCACAAAAUAUAAACAGAUUUGAAUUUGUUGUGAUAUAUAUAUAUAUAUAUAUAUAUACGUAUGUAACAAUUUCUCCCUCGAAUGCAGUGAUAACUGACAGAAUAUGAACAGAUAUGAACCUGUUGUGAUAUAUCUUAAUGUAACAAUUUCUCCCUCGAAUGCAGUGAGAUAUUUAGAUCUUUGUGACAAAUUUUGCACUGUUCACUUCACUCUGACAUAUGUUAGCAGACUUGAAGUCUUGGGUCUAACAUGAUUACAAGGGACAUAACUGUGAUAAAUAACUUGAACUUCCUGUUCUAAGAUUGUGCACCAAUGUUUAAAUUAUUUUUUUAUGCAUUGUUUUAAAAAAAACUGUAAGCUCAGAUGCCGUUGAGUAAUGUUUUUUUCUGCUACUUAAUAUGUAAUGCAUUUGAAGUCCUGUUCCUGCCAUAAGCUACUUCUGAUACUGUUCUGAUAUUUUUUGAAUCUUCCACUUUAGUGUAUUGUAUUACUUUAUUUAAACUUUGGUGUUAAAAAAGCUAAUCAAAUGUUUUCUAACAGGUGUUUGUACUAUUUCUUUUUCUGUGUUUGUAAUAUUUGAAAGACAUUUUUUAAAAAGUAGUAUUCGCUAAACAGUUAUUUUUUUUUCACAAAACAAACAAAAAAUAUUCAUUAUCUAAUCUAAGUUUUAUUGAAAUGAGUUUCAACCUUAAACUGUACUGGCUUUAAUGUUAAUAUUAUUAUAUUAGGAAUAGAGUAUUAGUUUUAUUUUUUAAAAUUUAAAAGUUAAAAGCUAUUGCUACUAAGCUUAAAAAUAUUUCUUUGCUUGUAAUGUACCUACACUCACUGAUAUGCUGGUGUUUAGUAAAUGUUUGAAAUUGUUGCCCCUGUUGAAGACAGUUUUAAGUCCAGCUGUCAGGAACAAAAAUAAUUGCCUCAAAACACUCUAACAAAUAGUCUAGCCAGUAAAUUACAGUAUAUCUUAAUGGCUUUGUUAUACUUUAAGAAGAGUUUUUAAUGACGUAAUGAUGAUUUGUGAUCACAUUACAACUAAGCUAAUAUAUUAAGUCUUUUCUGAAUUGCUUUUAAUAAGUUAAAAUAUGUAUGCUAAUUUCAACCAGCUUAAAUUAUCAUGUGCAAUUCCAAUUUUGUCAACUGAAAUUUUAUCUACUGAAAACUUAUUUAAAAGAUGUUUACAGACAGCCUUAAACCAAUCAGAAAUGUUUAAGUAUAAAUGGAGUUAAAACAACAAGUUUUAUACUGUCACACCCAAAGGACUUUAUUUUACCUAGAAAAGUUCAGCAGCAUUUACGUAAAAUUUAUUUAAUGUAGUCAUUAGAGUACUCUAUGCCUAGUUUUAAAUUAAAUAAAAAUGUUCUUCAA